GAGGAGAGAGACACAAUCCUAGUGCGCUUCCUCCAUCCAUCAUCUCCGUCCUGCGGCCUAUAUAUGAAAUGUGCCUGCGCCUGCGCCUGCGGCAUGCACCCACCGCCUCCGUCCCCUAGCUAUCGACCGCCUCUCCGGCCCCAGACCAGACCACAUCGAUCAGCUAGCUGGCUAGGGGCGCCCUUGGUCGUCGAUCGUCCAAUCAAUCAAUCUGAUCGGUGGAGAAACCAAGUAGAGAGGGUGGAGGAGACGAUGGGCGUGAUGGAGGGGAUGAAGCCGGUGGCGGCGAUGGUGGUGGUGCAGUUCGUCUUCGCCGGGGUCAACAUCUUCUACAAGCUGGCCGUGUCCGACGGCAUGGACAUGCGGGUCCUCGUCGCCUACCGCUUCCUCUUCGCCUCCGCCGUCCUCGCGCCCAUCGCAUACUUCGUCGAGAGGAAGAAGCGAACCAAGGUGACGUGGCGAGUGCUGCUGCUCUCCUUCGUCUGCGGCCUCUGCGGGGGCUCGCUGGCGCAGAACCUCUACAUCUCCGGCAUGAAGCUCACCUCGGCGACCUUCGCCUCCGCCAUGACCAACCUCAUCCCGGCCAUCACCUUCGUCCUCGCCGUGCUCUUCCGCUACGAGCGCCUCGCCAUCCGCACCCUCGCCGGCCAGGCCAAGGUCACCGGCACCAUGCUCGGCGUCGGGGGCGCCAUGCUCCUCACCUUCUACAAGGGCGCCCAGGUCACCCUCUGGCCCCCCACCCACAUCAACCUCGCCGCACAGCUCGCCGCCCGGCACCAACACGACGACCAUAACCAUGCCUCCUCCGCCGUCCACCCAGACAGCGGCAACCGCGCCAUGGGCUCCCUGCUCUGCACCGGCAGCUGCUUCUUCUACGCGCUCUGGCUCAUCCUGCAGGCCAGGCUCAGCCGGGAGUACCCCUUCCACUACUCCACCACCGCGCUCAUGUGCGCCAUGAGCGCGCUCCAGUCCGCCGCCUUCGCGCUAUGCUUCGACCGGGACCUCUUGCAGUGGCGCCUCUCCUCCGGUGUCCGCCUCCUCGCCGUCCUCUACACCGGCGUGGUCGCCUCGGGGGUCAUGCUCGUGGUGCUCUCCUGGUGCGUCAAGCGCCGGGGCCCCCUAUUCGCGUCUGUCUUCAACCCCAUGAUGCUGGUGGUGGUCGCCGUGCUCAGCUCGCUGCUGCUCGGCGAGGAGCUGCACCUUGGCAGCGUGCUCGGCGCCGUUCUCAUCGUGACAGGCCUCUAUGCCGUGCUCUGGGGGAAAGGCCGCGAGGCGGCACAGAACGAGCCAGCCAAGGCCGGCAACGAGCUGCCGCACAUCGACAUCGUCGUGCAUCGUCAUGACCCCCCUCCCACGCCGCCGCAGCAGCAGCAACAACAAGACAGCACGGAGCCGGCGCCGGAGCGGUGACCAUCUUAGCAAGCAUGGAGGAAGGGGACCAGCGAUCGAAGAGAUGAACUGGCCCAAGAUUUGCUACAGCUUGAUUUGUGAGGAUGGUGGAAUUAGCUGAGGGAGCUCGUUUGUUGGGUGGUUAAUUAGGACUUGGUGAAAAUUUCUAGUGCAGUGUAGUUAGAAGGAGUGGCUUCUCUGAUUCUACUGGUGCUGGAAUGUUAAGAUCCAGAGAUCCAAAAUCCACAAGUGCAUGCAAAAGACAGAGGAGACAAGGAUGUAGUACAAGGAAAGAACUGGAGGAGGAUGAGAUCAUGAGAUCAAUAGACCAACCAAUAAAUUUCAGGCACAAAA